CACGUUUCCGUACCGCCCCCAAAAGCACGCCGAUCACAAUCCGAUCACUGUCACUUCCCCACUCCAUACAUGGGCUCCCGCUCCUCCAUCGACGACGACCUCCGUUCCCUCGUCGACGAGCAACACCGCGAGCUGAUGGCCGCCCAAGCCCUGGAAUCGGACCUCGACCUCGCUUACCGCCUCCAGCUCGAGGAAGCCUUAGCCGCUUCCCUCUCUCUCCCCCCCUCCUCCUCCUCACCCCCGUCCCAAACCCUAGCCCCGCCCGACGACGUCGUCUCCCCCUCCUUCGUCUCCCUCCAAUCCGACGAGCUUUCCAGGUUCCAGCGAGAGUUCAAGGACCGCGAGUUGAGCGAGGCCGAGGCGAGGCGCGUCAGGGAAGAUCUCCACCGUCGGAUCCAUGAUCAGAAGGUCGCCACCGAGAUCAUGACCAUCCCCGACGAUGACUGGGGCGACUGGGGAGAUGAGUUCGAGCGACCUUUUGGCGAGGGCUGUUCCAAGGAUUUCGGCGGCGGCGGCGGCGAGGUCGUUGAUGUGUUUAGUUUGUAUUGCAAGGGUUUGGUGAGUGACGAGACGGUCGAGGGGCAGAAAUGCAAUUCCGUUUUCGCGGGGGUCGGGAUUGCGGUUUGUGAUUUUAAGGGGAAUUUGAUAUUCGAAGUGAGGAAGCCAUUGGUUGGGCCCGGGACGAGCAAGAGCAAGGUCGUGGUUGAGGCCAAGGCGUUGGUUGAAGGCCUUAAUGCUGCUGUGGCGUUGGAGUUGAAGAGGAUUGUGUUUUACUGCGAUUACUUUCCGCUUUUCCAGUUCAUUACUCGUAGAUGGAUGCCGAAGCAGCGCAAGGUUGCGGCAUUAGUUGAGCAAGCAACUCUUCUUAGAAGAAAAUUCGAUCAGUGCAAUUUCUUGUUGGUAGCACGAAAUGAGUUCAAGUUUGCCUUUAAACUUGCAAGAGAUGCGAUAACUUCCCAGAUUGUGAGGCGUGUAGACAGUGUUGCCAGCAAGAAUCCGAAGGAGACCUGUGUAAUCUGUUUAGAAGAUACUGAUGUUAGUCAGAUAUUUGCAAUUGAUGGAUGCUUGCACCGCUAUUGCUUGUCUUGCAUGAGACAGCAUGUAGAGGUGAAGUUGCUUCACGGUAUGGUGCCAAGAUGUCCUCACGAGGGAUGUAAAUCUGAUCUUAAUGUCAGCAGCUGCAGUAAAUUUUUGACACCCAAACUGAUUGAGAUGAUGACCCAGCGGUUAAAGGAAGCCUCAAUCCCUGUUACAGAGAAAAUAUAUUGCCCUUAUCCGACGUGCUCUGCAUUGAUGUCAAAAAGUGAAGUUUCAGAAAGCUCAAUCACUUCUGGUGCAGGUGCUGCAAGAUCCGGAGCUAGGAAAUGCAUAAAAUGUCAUGGACUCUUCUGUAUCAAUUGCAAGGUUCCUUGGCAUAGUAGUUUGACAUGCUUGGCCUAUAAAAAAUUGCAUCCUCAUCCUCCUGCUGAAGAUGCAAAGCUGAAGUCUCUUGCUUCCAGGAAUCUAUGGCGUCAAUGUAUCAAAUGCAAUCACAUGAUCGAACUUUCUGAAGGCUGUUACCACAUGACUUGCAGAUGUGGUUAUGAGUUUUGCUACAAUUGUGGUGCAGAGUGGAAGGAUAAAAAACCUACAUGUUCUUGUCCGCUGUGGGAGGAAGACAAUAUUUUGUAUGAUGACGACAGGGAUUUUGACGACGACGACGACGACGAUGAUGAAGAAGAUGAAGAAUGGUAUACUGACUCGGAUGAGGAUUAUUUGAUCUGAACAGCAUACUUAUAAUAUUUAUUUUGUCAAUACUUGCCUUUUUUCUGACUGGAUAUUAUCUGCUCAUAAUGGCAAAUCUUGACUUGUAUAGUUACGGUUGGGUGUUUUCUGUUUUUUCAUCUCUUUUGCUGGACAAAUACAUUGAAAUUAUGAUCGAGCAAUUCAAUUUGCG